AUGAUGCCCCUCUUGCUCUUCCGCUCUGUUCCGCUCCUUUGCAGCUUCCUACAACCAAAGAUCCAAUGGAAGAAUCAGGAUCAAUAUGUCGACUAUGGGAAGAAGCUCAAUCUCAAUCAGAUUGGAGCAACUGUCCCAGCUACUGUUCCAGCUAUAGUUCCUGGAGCUUCAGCAUCCACAAGUGGAUCAUCAAGUGUUGCGGGAAGCGUUAACACACCAUUGCAACUUGCUGGUAUUACAGGUAAUCAAAUGAUGCAAGUUCCUUCUGGAAUGCAGCUCAUGCAGAUUCCAACUCAAGGUGGCGGCACUGUGACUGUCCCUUACUCAAUGAAUGCUAAUGGUGAAAUUGCGUUCAGCCAAAUGCAACUCGACCAUCAAGGAUUCAGUGGUGCUCAAGUGCGCCAAGGAUUCCAUGCAACUCAAGCUCGAACUCCACAGAUCUUGAAGACUGGCUAUUACAAUACGUCAAAUGUCUUCCACGAUGCUAUCAAGGGAAAGGAUGGCAAUGAUGUCUAUCUUAUUUCAUGUCCUGCUGGUACGACAGAUGUCAAACUUCAAGCCGACUGGCACUAUGCUAGUGAAAAUGAAGAUUUGCCUGAUCUUGCUACUGAAGCAGAUCGAGGUCUGCAGCUUAUUCAAAGCCGCAGAAGAGAAAGAGAUCCAUUUGGGGUGUACGAUCAUGUCAUCAUGGACAGUGGUUUUACAAACACCACCACUUGUAAUGGUGAGCUCAUGCAUGGACUCCGCCAUGCUGAGAAGGAGCUUGAUAUGCACACUAACGUGGGCAGCAGAGUUCUCGACGAAGAAGGUUUUCCAGGAAGAUUUCUGCCUCCAGUUUAUCACGGUGAAGAUGGAAUUGCCAUUUUACUUGCUAUGCGCGAGAUGAUUGCUGCGGGAUACCGCAUUACUAUGGAUACUGAUGCUGACAAUGCCUUUAUUGUGCAUUGUGAUGGAAACAGAAAGAUGCAAUUUGUGAAUCGUAAGGGUGUGUAUGUGUUGGAGCAACUUGGAGCAAAUGUCAAGCCAGGUGCCAAAGAGACAAGUGCAAUGUACCGUCGCCAGUUAAACAACUUAAAUAAUCAACCCCAUUUCAAACUUUCUUCAAACAAACAGAAUGGAUAUGCUGGACUCGAGAUGACCUCCAAGAUGGCAACUGUUCAAAAGAACAAGGAAGGAUUCACUCCAAGACAAGUCAAGGCUGCAAUGGAAGCAAGAAGUGCGAUGCACAUACUCAAUGCUCCAAGCACCAAAAGUCUGAAGUAUGCGAUCCGAUCUGGUCUCAUCAAGAACUGUCCUAUCACUGAAGAAGCGAUCAAUCAUGCCAAAGCAAUCUUUGGACCUGACGCCUCUACAUUGAAAGGCAAGUCAACACGACCAACUCCGAAGAAGACUAACUCCUUCAGUCCACCAGAGGAAUUGUAUCAACACAAUCAACCUAUUAUCAACCUGAAGACUGACCCUGUAUUUGAAGCAUUGGAUGAGAUAUUCCGCCGCUACAACAAGACAGGCUUUCAAGUCAAGACGAUCCAGUGUGAUCGGGCUUUCAUUCCUCUCACGGAUGAUGUGCUAGACGAUAUGGGUGUUACUAUUGACCCAACUGCAGCUGGAGACCACGAGCCUACCGCUGAGCGAAACAAUUGGACGCUGAAAGAAAGAGUCAGAGUAGCUCUUGCACGAUUACCCUACAAAGUGGUCCCAAAGGUGAUCAUUGAAUGUCUUGGACGUCAAGCCGCCAAGCUAUUGAAUGGCUUUCCCCAGAAAGACAGUAUCUCAUCACAUUUCAGUCCGCAGCAACUCAUUGAUAAUGUCAAUAUCAACCACAAGAGUGACAUGGUUGCUGAACUCGGACAAUAUGUUCAUGCAAUUGGGACAGAUUCCAGCAAUUCGAUGGAACCCCAAAGUAUUGAAGCGAUUUACAUUGAACCUACGAAGGGACAACGUGCUGGGCACCGAGUGCUCAACCUCAAUACUAAGAAGAUGAUUUCUCGACCCGAGGUUGUCGUACUACCCGUUACCGACCAAGUAAUCCAGCGUGUUGAAGCUUGGGCUGCUGCCAAAGGUGUUACUUCCAUGAAGUUUUUCGAUAAGAAGAGAGAUUUGGAGACAUUUUACGAUGGCAAUCAAAUUGCAGGAGUGGAUGACACGGAACAAGGUUACUUAGAAGAAGCCUUUGAUCAGGACUAUGAACCUGAAGAUGAAGAUGAAUGUGAUUUUAAUCUACGUGGACAAUUCAAUGAUAUCGAUGACUCCGAAAGAGAAGAGCUCUUGGCAGAUGCAGACAAUGAUGUCAAUGAUAUGCCAGAACUCAAUGAAGGAUCUUGCAACAACAGGAAUGUGUGUGUUUCUGCAUCGAUCUUGUUGUAUAUGCGGCGACAAGGGUGGAAGGGUGUGAGGCAUCUCUUUGCAGAGGAAAAAAGAGUUCACUUUGUUCCCGCUUUCUUUGGCCAUUAUGCUUGUGGCCACUGGGCUGCAAUCGUCAUUGACAUAACUUGUGCUGACGAUGAAGAUGGGACACUUGUUUUUGUUGACAGCAUUCCAUCAAUGAGAACAACUAAUCAUACGGAAGUGAAGAAAUUGUUUACAAAUCCUGGUACACCAUAUGCAAAUACAAAACAAGUAUUGAUGAACUCGCCUGGUCAAGUCAUUUAUUCCAAUGAUUGUGGCAUGCUCAUGCCACAGGAUCACCUGGUGCCAAAAGAGAUUCAGUUGCAACAUGGAUUCACUCCUGCUCAAUAUGGAAUUGAAAUGAGAAAACAUGUUCAUAAAUCGUUGAGAGAUGGUCGAAUCAAUUUUGAAGACACUAUCCUUCAGUGCUUGUUACUGGUAGACAAUAACAAAUAA